GUCAUUCUUGAGCAGGUUAAAUGGGAGAGCAUAAGGAGUAUUCCCAAGAUUUUCCAGAAGUCUUUCUGUGUUUAUAAGGCCUUCGCUGAGAGCAACUCAUUUGUCGAAGGUCUGUUCAGCUUUAAACGACAGGGAGAGAAUGUGAUCAAAAUGGUUGCCUAAGACUGCCCUGAGCCAUGAGUGCUGGAGGGGGAGGAGGAAAAGCCAUCAGACAUGUUUGUCCUAAUGCCUAUUUAUUCACACACAAGAUCCUUUUCGUUUUUUUAGGAGAGAAUAUGAAUGUUGUUCAGAGUAUUUUCCUGGUAAAUGGCAGAAGCAGCAGCAGCCCUCCCUGCAUUGCAGCAGUGUAUCAGAGCAUAGAGAAGGGAGCAGGGAAAGCCUGUGUGGCAGACACAGCAGCAGCCGCCCAAUCACGCGCCUCCGUGUGGCUCUCACACCAAUCGGCAGCACACAGCUAAGGUUAAAGAUUGACAAUCGCUCUGAGAGCAGCAGGGAGAGCAAGGCCCUUCUGGAAAAUUCUGCACCCAUCUUUGUCUCAUCCCUCACUGACUUUAUAUCUGAAAAUAUACAUUUAAAAGGCUCAGCCUGAAGAAUCUGUGUACUGUGCCUGUAAAGAAAAAGUUUGGCUGAAGGAGAAGUAACGGCAGAGUCAGAUGCAAUUGAGGGGAUGGAAAUCACAACACGAUCCAAAGUCUCUGAUCAAGGGUCAGUGGAAAGGGUAGCCCCAAAGUGCAAGGUUUCCAGCCCCCCUCACUCAUCUAAUGGACACUCCCCUCCCGAAUCCUCCUCCAAUCCUGUCAAAAAGAAGAAGAAACCGGGAGCCAUCAAUAACAGCAAAGACCAGUCAGAACUAAGACAUGGUCCCUUUUACUAUGUGAAGCAGCCUGCACUCACCACAGACCCUGUUGAUGUUGUACCGCAGGACGGGCGGAAUGACUUCUACUGCUGGGUGUGCCAUCGCGAGGGCCAGGUGCUCUGCUGUGAGCUCUGCCCGCGUGUCUACCACGCUAAGUGCCUCAAACUGGCUUCAGAGCCUGAAGGAGAUUGGUUCUGCCCCGAAUGUGAGAAAAUAACAGUUGCAGAGUGCAUAGAGACUCAGAGUAAAGCAAUGACGAUGCUCACAUUAGAACAACUGUCGUUCCUGUUAAAGUUUGCUCUCCAGAAGAUGAAGCAGCCAGGUACGGAGCCCUUUCAGAAGCCGGUGUCAUUGGAACAGCAUCCAGAUUAUGCAGAAUAUAUAUUUCAUCCCAUGGACCUCUGCACAUUAGAAAAGAAUAUUAAAAAGAAAAUGUACGGCUCCACAGAGGCUUUCCUGGCUGAUGUGAAGUGGAUUUUGCACAACUGUAUCAUUUAUAAUGGAGGCAACCAUAAACUUACCACAACGGCUAAAGUUAUCGUAAAAAUCUGUGAACAUGAAAUGAAUGAGAUUGAAGUCUGUCCAGAGUGCUAUCUUUCUGCAUGCCAGAAAAGGGACAACUGGUUUUGUGAACCAUGUAGUAACCCCCACCCUCUGGUAUGGGCCAAGCUGAAAGGAUUCCCAUUCUGGCCUGCCAAAGCUCUUCGAGAUAAAGAUGGACAAGUGGAUGCUCGAUUCUUUGGGCAGCAUGACAGGGCCUGGGUUCCUAUUAACAACUGCUACCUCAUGUCCAAAGAGAUACCCUUCUCUGUGAAGAAGACUAAGAGCAUCUUCAACAGUGCCAUGCAGGAGAUGGAAGUGUAUGUAGAAAACGUCCACAAAAAAUUUGGAGUCUUCAAUUAUGCUCCCUUCCGCACUCCUUAUACACCAGACAACCAGUUUCAGAUGCUCCUGGACCCAGCAAACCCUGGCUCUGGCUUUGUUAAACCCGAAAAAAACGAAAAGAUCAAGUUCAGCUUUGAUAUAACGGCAUCUCCUAAACUGCUCGUGGGCAAGAGCAUGGUGUCCAGUGGGAGUGGAGGGGGCGUGACCGGAAGUCGAAUCUCAUUAACAGACAUGCCUCGUUCACCAAUGAGCACUAACUCCUCUGCACAUACAGGAUCUGAUGGCGAACAAGAGACUCCAGAGAAAAGCCAUGCUAGAGCAGCCCUGGCCCAUUAUAGCACUGGAGAGGAGUCAUUGGACUGCACUGCAUCACCUGCCCCUCCUAGAGCAUGUCUUACCGGCAACACCUUAGAGAGCCCUAAACCAUUCCAUUCACCAGCUCCCAGCACCCCUGUUAAACAAGAGAAGACCCCCACCACUGGCAGCAUCCUCAAUCUCAACCUUGAUCGUAGUAAAGCAGAGAUGGACCUGAAGGAGCUGAGUGAAAGUGUCCAGCAGCAGCAGCAGGGAGCUCAGCCUUCCCUCACAUCCCCUAAGAGACAGAUAAGGAGCCGUUUCCAACUUAACCUGGACAAAACCAUAGAGAGCUGCAAAGCACAAUUGGGUAUAGAUGAAAUAUCUGAGGAUGUGUGUAAAGGUGUAGUGCACAGUGACUCUGAGGAAUCCGACAAGUCUGACUCCAGUGACAGUGAAUACGGAAGUGAUGACGAACAGAAAUCUAAGACUGGCCAAGAUGACAAAAACACAGCUGAAGAUAAAAACACUAAAGAGCCACCAAAGAAAAAGGCAAAACUAUCAAUGGCCUCUAGUGAGGACAAAGAUAAAAGCACAGAAUUGACUGCAAACGCCAACAUGGCAACUAAAGGAGAAACCACACAUAAAUCAAGCCCCACCGAUCCUAUAGCUAAAAGGAAACCUGGCAUGGACUCACAGAAAGAACCUCCAGAGAAACUGAAGGCAGCUCCUGCAUCCCCAGACCCUAGAGAUAAACCCAAGUGUUCAGAGGCCAGGCAGCCAGCACCUGUGGAUGUUGACAUGGACUCAGACUCCGAGAGGGAGCUGGUUAUUGAUCUGGGAGAAGAGCAGGUGGGGAAGGAGAGGAAGAGGAACAGGAAAGAUGCAGCCGCUGUCACCGCCCUCAAAGAGCCCACAGACUCCAAACCUGAGGGUAAAACCACUCCAAUUUCAAGCGCUCUCACCCAGCCUCAGAACUCUGCAGUUCUUUCCUCCAGCCAAAGUAUUAAAGACCCAUCUCAGUCUCCCAUGGCCAUCCCGCUUAACAUAGUACCCCUUACGGCAGCUCCAACCAGCACCACUCCCUCCACCACCCAUAGCUCCUCACCUGUCCCCAUCAGCACUGUAAAGAAACAGCGUCCCCUACUGCCUAGAGAGACUGUGCCUGUAGUUCAGAGGGCCGUUGUUUGGAACCCCACCACCAAGUUUCAGACGUCCUCUCAAAAAUGGCACAUGCAGAAGGUGCAGAGGCAGCAGCAGGGCCAAACGCAGCCAGCCACGCAGGCGCAAGUGUUAACACAGGUGCAGCGUAGCCAGCAGCCGCAGCAGCAAGCGCAGGUCUCCUCAUCAUCGCCGGGACAUCAGCCUUCAUCCAGCACCAGAUAUCAAACACGACAAGCUGUGAAAGCUGUGCAGCAGAAAGACUCUCCAAACAACACCUCCACCUCUGCAGUCACCCUGGUCACCAGCACACCUGUGUCCGCCACCAUGAUGGCAGGAGCUACAGUCAGCUCUUCCUCAUCAUCAUCAGCUUCCACAGCUGGAGAUUUCCAGAUCCCUACCACAUCUGCAGAUGUAGCGGCUGACAUAGCCAAGUACACUAACAAAAUCAUGGAUACAGUUAAAGGGACAAUGACUGAGAUAUAUAAUGACCUUUCCAAGAGCACAUCAGGAAACACAGUAGCGGAGAUUAGACGGUUGCGAAUUGAAAUUGAAAAAUUGCAGUGGCUACAUCAACAGGAGUUAUCAGAGAUGAAGCACAAUUUAGAGCUAACCAUGGCAGAGAUGAGACAGAGUCUAGAGCAGGAGCGAGAGCGAAUCGUGACUGAGGUCAAGAAGCAGAUGGAGGUGGAGAAACAGCAGGCAGUGGAUGAAACUAAAAAGAAGCAGUGGUGUGCAAACUGCAGAAAGGAGGCCAUUUUCUAUUGCUGCUGGAACACCAGCUACUGUGAUUACCCCUGCCAACAAGCACACUGGCCUGAACACAUGAAAUCCUGCACACAGUCUGCAACAUCAUCACAGCAAGAACAAGAGACAGAGUGUAGCACAGACGUUACUCCCAAAGCUCCUGGGCAGCCGAACAAUGGACCCAACUCACCCAGAGAGAUUGUAUCUGUUGCACCUAAGGACAAAGACUGUGAAUUAAAUAAAACUAAGGACAAUGUCACUGUCACUAUGUCCUAGCUCAGAUGGACAAAACAUCACUUACUUUUGUACAGCUAUAGAUGCAUACCUGCCAACACUCCCGAUUUUACCUGGUUUCUCCCGUUUUUCCACCCCUGUGCUCCCGAUUUACAAUUUCUCCCGAUAAACUCACGAUUUUCUGAAUCCACACUUUGCUCAUGAGAUUAUAUUAGGUUGCCACCUGUCCCGUAAAAUACAGGAUUGUCCCGUAUUUAAAUAUGAAAUGAUGUGUCCCGUAUAAUCAAUAUGAGACGCGAUUUGAUUUUCAAAAAGCAUUUAUUGUUAAAACUGUGAAGGAUGUGAUAAGGGACCAUCUGAAUACAUGGUCAAUUUCUGUGUCUUAUUCAUCUUCAAUGUAGUAUUACUGACCGGAACUGCCGCUCCCUAUAAGCAUAUUACAUAGUCUGUGUAGUCUCCCUUCCAGCAGAAACUCCGCCGGCUGCCAUUCCUCGCACUUACAAAUCACAUAAAAAAAUCCCUAUUUUUCCACAAUCCAGUGUUGGCAGGUAUGUAUAGAUGUUGUCAAAUUCUUCACUACAUUUGUUUUAACUAAUGUUUGUCUUACCUGAUUGUGUUUUCUUUUUUUUUUUUUUUGCUCUAAUGACUUUAUGUCUGAAUGUUCUCAAACUAAGACACAAAGAUCACCCAAACAUUUUCUAGGUCUAGUUUUGAAAGAGAUUUGUCUGGUUCUCAGAUGUGUUUGAGUCUAAACAGAAAGCCCUAUUUAUUUCUUUUUCUUUCAAAUCUCUUAAAUUUACCUGAGCUCAUCUUUUUAGUUUUGGCAAAAUACUCUUUAUUAACAAUAUGGGUAUUAAAGUUCAGAACUUCUGAUCUGAAUUCAGAUCUACAAAAUCCAGAUGUCAUUUUCAGAAUUUUGAAUUUAAGAUGUCGCAUCACUCACUUAAAAAAUGGUUACAAUAAGGUAACAUGUUUUUAUUUCUAUAGCUCAAAAAACAAUCACAUAAUGUGGUUAUUUUUUAUUUUUAGUAUUUUUAUUAAGAAGAGUAACAGCUGUUCAAGUACAGUUGUGGCCAUAAAUAUUUGCACCCUUGGUAAAUAUGAGCAAAGAAGGCUGUGAUAUAAAAUCUGUAUUGUUUAUCCUUUUGAUCUUUCAUUCAUAAAAAUCACAAAAAUCUAUCCUUUAAUUGAAGUAAAACAAUUGAAAUGGGAAAUAUCUCAUUAUUGAAUAAAUAAUUUUCUCCAAAAUGCAUUGGCCAUAAUUAUUGGCACCCUUUUAUUCAAUACUUUUUGCAACCUCCCUUUGCCAAGAUAACAGCUUUGAGUCUUCUCUUAUAAUGCCUAAUGAGGUUGGAGAACACCUGGCAAGGGAUCUGAGACCACUCCUCCAUAUAGAAUCUCUACAGAUCCUUCAAAUUCAGAGGUCCAUGUUGGUGGUCUCUCCUCUUCAGUUCACCCCACAAAUUUUCUAUGGGGUUCUGGUCAGGGAUGGCCAUGGCAGAACCUUGAUUUUGUGGUCAGUGAACCAUUUUUGUGUUGAUUUUGAUGUGUGUUUUGGAUCAUUGUCCUGCUGGAAGAUCCAACCAGGUCCCAUUGUAAACUUUCUAGUAGAGGCAGUCAGGUUUUUAUUUUUUAUCUGUUGGUAUUUAAUAGAGUCUGUGAUGCCAUGUAUCCGAACAAGAUUUACAGGACCUCUGGCAGAAAAACAGCCACACAACAUUAAAGAUCCAGCACCACAUUUAACUGUGGGCAUUGGGUACUACUUCAUCUUUGUGUGUGCCAAACCCAUUUCUGGUGUUUGCUGCCAAAAACCUUUGACCAUCUGACCAUAGAACCUGGUCGCAUUUCGCACUAAGUUCCAGUAGUGUCUGGCAAACUGAAGAUGCUUGCGUUUGUUGUUGGAUGAGAAAAGAGGCUUUUUUUUGUUAUUAGAAACUUCCCAAACAACUUGUGGUGAUGUAGGUGAUGUCUGAUAUUUUUUUUUGAGACUUUCUGACCUCAAGACCCAACUAAUUUCUGCAGUUCUCCAGCUGUAUUCCUUGGAGAUUCUUUGGCCACUUGAACCAUCCUCCUCACUGUGUGUGGAGACAAUAUAGACACACGUCCUUUUUCCAGGCUGAUUUUUAAGAUCUCCAGUUGUUUGGAACUUGUUAAUUAUUGCUCUGAUUUUGGAAAUGGGCAUUUUCAAUGCUUUGGCUAUUUUCUUAUAGCCACUUCUCAUUCUGUGAAGCUCAACAAACUUUUGCCACAUAUCAGAACUAUAUUCUUUAGUCUAACCCACUGAUUGAUGAUUAAGGAAAUUUGUCCUGUGUGUUACCUCAUAUUUAUACCUCUGUGAAACAGGAAGUCAUGGCUGAACUAUUUCAUGUUCCUAGUCACCCAGGUGCACUAAAAAUGUAAAAUAUGAAUGGGAAUAUACUUCAGAUAUAUUUUACUCAUAAGAAUUUCUAGGGAUGCCAAUAAUUGUGGCCAAUGUGUUUUGGAGAAAUAUAUUUAUUUACUAAUAGAUAUUUCACCUCUUUCAGUUGUUUUACUUCAAUUAAAGGUUAGAUUUUGUGAUUUUUCUGAAUGAAAGAUUAAAAGGAUAAACAAUGCAGAUUUAUUUUCACAGCCUUUUUUGCUCAUAUUUACCAAGGGUGGCAAUAUUUUUGGCCACAACUGUAUGAGUAUACAGCUGUUCUGUAUUCCUUGGAAUACCUUAUUUAUGCUAAUUUAUAUAUAUAUAUAUAUAUAUAUAUAUAUAUAUAUAUAUAUAUAUAUAAAAACAUGGUAAUAUAAAAUUUAGAAGGCUACAUCAUAUCUUGUUCAUAGCCUACAUUGUACAAGUUUAAACACUGUUUCACACAAUAAGACUACUUCAUCACUAUCUUGUUAUAUGCCCUGCAGACAGGAGGAGGUUGAAAUUUGUUGUUUGAAACUGUUUUCAGCGUCAGCCUGAUAAAUGUGAGGCUCUGUUUUUUUUUUUGUUUUUUUUCUGUAAUAUAUCUUAAAUGCCUUCAAUAUAUUUUCCUGCGCCUUCGGUCUAAUCUGCAGUUCACCCUCAUUAUACUGUUGAUGUCCCAAUUGGGAUUGUGUCAUCACUAUGAUCUCAUGGGCUCUCCUUUUAUUUAAGAUGACAUUAUAAUUAAAAGUUAGACUUACCAGUGAUGAAUGACAAAAGACUUUCAAGCCUACGUAUGUUAUUGGUGUCAAAAAAGCAUUGUCUAUGAGAUGAUAUCCUCAUGUAGGGUCAUAUUUGUUGUUACUGAUAAAUGUAUGUUUCCUCCUUGGCCUUACAUACAGACCAGAUUAUGUUUUAUAUAAAUAUUGUUUUUGGCCAAAUAUCAUUAUUGUUUUUUGUUUUUUUUAUCAAAAUAUGUUCAAAGUUUUAAUAUCCUUGUUAAAGGACUGUAACUUUACACCAAAGGCUGGUGAUUUAGCAAGUAUUUGUUUGAAAGGAUUUGUUUGUUUUGCUAGCUAUAAUUUUACCUAUAAUAUAGUUAAACGUUUGAAGAACAAAUUCUUGAUUAUGAGCUCAUAAGAUACUCUAUGAACCAUGACAGAAACAUUCCUUUAUGUUAUGCUGUUAAUAGUGCACAAAUAUGCUAUUCCAAACCAUAUUCAGAAAAGGAGAGUGGUCAAGAGCAGCUUUCAAUCAAGAGAACAGAUAGAUGUUUACAUAUUGUAUAUAAAUGAAGAUCUGGUAAUCUAAAUUGUAAUUUAAUAGUUUUUGUAUGGUGCAGGUGAAUUAAAGAGAACACCUGAUGAAAAUGUUUCAUAUUGAAGUCAUACUUUGAUGAGUGAUCCACUUCAAUACAAAAGUGCAAAAUAAAUAAAACAUUUUGGACCAUUAA